AUGUGGCUCUCAAUUUUUAUCAUGAUAGUAUUUAUAUAUAUAGUUUAUCGUUUAUUGAAAUUUUGGAUAUAUAUUCCAUGGAGUAUUCACAGACAUCUUUGGGCCCAAGGAAUUCCUGGACAAUAUAGACCUGUCAUAGGUGAAAUUUUAAUGAUACGUCGUGCUAUUCUUGAUGAUGAUCCAAUGGCAUAUAAUAUUAAAAUGGCAAAUAAAUUUGGUAGUUAUUAUCAUGUAUCAUUUGGUCCUAUUGCACGUUUGGCUAUCAAUGAUCCAUUAUUAAUUCAAGGAGUCUUAAAAACAAAUGCUCGUGCAUAUCAUAAAUCAAAUUUAAUGCAACUUAUACUUGGUUCAUUAAUAGGUAAUGAAAAUCUUCUUAUGGCUGAAGAUAAUAUUCAUGCUCAACAUCGUCGACUUAUUUCACCAGCUUUCCAACAUCAAAAUAUCAAUUCUAUGACUUCACUGAUGGUUGAUAUAACAACUGAUCUUAUUAAUAAAUGGUCAUCAACGAUGAAUAAUGAAAAUAAUGUUUUAACUCUUGAUAUUCAUAAAGAAAUGGCACGUUUAACAUUAGAUAUUGUUACUGGAUGUGUAUUUGGAAGUGGGAUGAUGAAAAAUGAACAUAUUCGAGAAAUAAUUCAUGAAGGUGUAACAACAACACUUAAAGAUGUUGAAGAAAGAACAUUUAAUAUGAUUGGUAUUAUUCCAAUUAUUAAUCAAUUACCAUUACCAAGUAAAAGACGAAUUGAGAAAUCAAAACGAAAUGUUAAACAUGCUGUACAACAUAUUAUUGAUGAAAGAAAACGUGGUUUAACGAAAUCUGCAUGUAAAGGACCUGACCUACUUGAUUUACUUUUAUCUGCACAUGGUAAUGAUAAAACAAGUAAAUUUAGUGAUGAAGAACUUUUUCAAGAAGCAUUAACAUUUGUUCUUGCUGGUCAUGAAACAACUUCAACAUUAAUGACUUGGACAUUAUAUAAUUUAGCAAAUAAUCCUGAUGUAUGUCAUCGAUUAGAAGAAGAAAUUGAUUCUGUAUUAAAUGAUAAUGAAGAAAUAACAAUAUCAACAAUUUCUCUUUUAACUUAUACAGAAUGUGUAUUAAAAGAAUCUUUAAGACUUCAUCAACCAGCUGCAGCAUUAGUUCGUACAGCUGUUGAAGAUAAUACUUUAAUUGCUAGUGAUGGAAAACAUAUUCAUAUAAAAAAAGGAACAGAUAUUAUGAUUAAUUUAUAUAUGCUUCAUCAUUCAGAUAAAUAUUGGACUGAACCAUUUAAAUUUGAUCCAUCAAGAUUUGAUGAACGUCAUGUUGAUAUAUGGUUACCAUUUUCAAGCGGACCUCGUUCAUGUAUUGGACAAAAUUUUGCUAUGUUAGAAGCUAAAAUCAUGUUAGCAAUGAUUAUAAAACGAUUUCGUUUUCAACUUAUUCCUGGUCAAAAACAUGUUCCAGAUAUUGCUGUUACUCUUAGACCAAAAUAUGGAAUGUGGAUGAAAGUGUCAUCUCGUUAA